AUGGGGAGCAGAGGCCCCGGAGGGCCUGGCCCCCUUUACUUCCUGCUGCUGCUGCUUCUGCUGCCACCUCCACUGCAGAGCACAGAGAGAUUCCUCCACCAACUCCCAGGCUGGAGAAACUUCCACCAAGAUGCAAGGCACCAGAGGAGCAGUGCGGGUAAAGGGAAAUCCUGCGAGGGCGCCUUCGACCUCUACUUCGUGUUGGACGCGUCGGACAGCGUGAAUGGUAAUUGGAAGCAUGUUCACAAAUUUGUGGAUGAAAUGGUCAAGAAGUUCCAAAACCCGAAACUGCGGAUGUCCUUCAUCACGUACUCCACACAGGGCCACACCCUCAUGAAGCUCACCUCAGACAGAAAUGAGAUACGUGAUGGUCUUAGCAGACUUCAGAAUGUAGUGCCUACAGGAGCCACAAACAUGCAUGAGGGAUUUAAGAAGGCAAAUGAGCAGAUUCAAAAAGUGUACUCCAGAGACCGCAAAGCUGUCAGCCUGAUUAUCACUCUGACCGCUGGAACAUUGUCACUGGACACGGCUCAGAGUGCUAAGGACCAAGCUAACAGGGCUCGGAAAAUGGGAGCCAAGGUUUACUGCGUGGGUGUAAAAGACUAUAAGAAUUACCAGCUGAAUAGUAUUGUAGAAAGAAAAGACCAAUUGUAUGAGGCGGAGAAAGGAUUUGGUUCCCUGAGAGACAUUGUUGACAUGCUUGUGGUAAAUUCCUGUUUGGAAGUUACAGCUGGGGACACUUACUUUGUCUGUGUAGGAGAAGAAUACGAAGCGACAUUUUAUGUACCAGGCAUACCUCGAAGUAAGAAGGAGGAAAUUAUUUGCAGAUAUCAGUUGCCAUUCUCGCAGCCCUUCAAUAAAAAACCCACCUAUCUGAGUCGAGACUCAUUAGUUUGCCCAGGACAUGUAUUUAAGCACGUUGGACAGAAAGUCACCAUUGAUUGCAGCCUGGACAAUGGCGUCAGCUUCAUGGGAGAGACGAUGACAAUCACCAGCAUCAACUGUCCAGAUGCCACGGCUGUUCCAAAGACGGAGACCUCUGUGCCCACAACUGUCACACGGAAGAGGACCCCAGUGCCCACGACUGUCACACGGAAGAGGACCCCAGUGCCCACGACUGUCACACAGGAGACCCCAGUGCCCACGACUGUCACACAGAAGGAGACCCCAGUGCCCACGAUUGUCACAGAGAAGGAGACCACAGUGUCCACGACUGUCACACAGGAGGAGACCACGGUGCCCACCACUGUCACACAGGAGGAGACCACAGUGCCCACUGUGGUCCCACAAGGCCUGAGCCCCAGCAACCAUUUCUUCUUCCCUGUGCUCAUCCCGGCCCUGCUCAUGUUCCCGGUGCUGAUCUGGUGCAUCUGGUGCUGCAGGAGGACCGUCAAGGAGCCACCACCAGUGCAGAAACCAGAAAAGGAGCCAGAGACAUGCCCUACAGUGAUUGUCCCUUGUUGUGGGUGCCAGCAAGACCGGAUAAGACAGAUGGAGGGCAAACUGGAUACCUUGUGUAACUUUGUUCAGAGCUGCAACCAGGUGCCAUUGAUGUGGUGUCAGCCCAGGGACAAGGGGAGGUACAUCAGCUUCACCCUAGUGAAGCCCCCCUGCACACAGAUGCCCUGCAGCUCAGAGAUCUGCCUUCGACCCAGCCAGCAGUGCUUCCCCAACAGCUGCUGCUCAUGGUGCCAACACCCCCGACCCAUCUGCUCCCGGCCUCCCUCCAGGACGCUGUCACUGAUCCUUCCCCCUGCCCAGACACUCUGCAGAACUGCUUUGUCACUCCCACCCCCUUAGCCCAACCUCUAAAGCACCAAAGAUU